AUGAUACAUUUGAAGUUUCUAAAACACAAAUUUUUGCUCUGGUUUACAUUUGGUUCUCUCACAAUACUUGCGCUUUAUUAUCUGCAGCUUUUAUUGGUAGCUUACCGUAUCUACAGCAUUCAUGGCACGACACAUUCGAAUGAACUUCCACUACUUCAAAGUAAUGAGAAAAUAAAUGAAGCAAAUUUGUCAAGACGUUCGAAUGUUCAGUCAACUUGGACUUGUACGGGUAAUAUGAAUUAUGAAUCUGAUUGGAAAACGAGAACUUGUGCAUUUAAAAAUAUUUGUUAUAAUAAAAAAAAAAAAGUAUUUCAGUUUUAUCGUAAGCCAGGCAAUAUUAAAACACCAAUUUUAUUUGAACCUAAACUAGGUCAUAUAUAUGACUUUCAUAUAAAUGAUCAUGGCUUUGUUGCCCUUUUUGCGCAUGCUACUUCUCAAAAUUCAUGGGGACCAACAAUUGUUGAAGAAUGGUUACCGCUCGCUGAUAAAGUACCUUAUUUAGAGCACGUUCAUGUUUUAUUUUCGCAUUGGUGGUCUCCCUAUAAUCCUGGUCAUGUCAUUUGGGAAGACAUAGCACCUACCUAUUUAGCUAUGAUUCGGUUAAAUGAAUAUGAUAGAAAUGCGGUUCUUCUUGAAUAUCGACGUCUUCCAAAACAAAAAAACCCAUUUUAUCCAAUGUUUCAUAACAUUAUUCCUGCUUUUGCUGCAAAAUUCGAUAGCCUUCAUCAUUAUAUGAAUAAUUUUUCUUCACAUGUUGUAUGUUUUCGAACUAUUGUAGCUGGUGGUGGUAUACCCGUAUUUUCUCUUGAGUAUGAACCAUAUAUAAAUGGAAAAGAAAGACUCCUAUAUGACUUUCGUACUGCCAUCCUACGAUAUCAUGGUGUCAAUGUAUCUCAUUUACCGUCACGUCAUCGUAUUAUAUUAGUUAACAAAACUCAAUCAAAACGUGCCAGCUUACGUGCAAUCAAAAAUCUUGCCGAAGUUGAACACUUCAUACAUUCGACAUAUCCAAAGAUACAACUUGAUGUUAUUGUCUGGAAUAAAUAUACAUUUACUCAACAAAUGCAUGAAUUAUACAAGACAACUAUAUUAAUUACACCAUGUGGUGGCAUCUCAACGAUAAUACCAUUUUUACCUGAAGGAACACAUGCAAUAGUAACGGAUUUCUAUGUCAAUGAACGAGCAUAUUCGAAGAUUGCGAGAUAUGCGGUAGGAGAAUCAGCUGCGAUGGAUCCAUCUUUUUUUGAAUUAUUUUCACCA